UAUCUUUGCGAUUAAAUUACGUUUCUCCGAUUUUACCUUCCAAUAGAAAGCGAACGGGGCGGUUGGUGCGCGUGAGGCAGCCAAUGUGCGCGCGCAGUAUCCACAGUGGGAGGUUUGUGUAUCAAUCCUUCAGUCCGUUUCAGAAGCGGAGAGGAUUACCACAGAGAAAACGAGUGCGAUUGCCGAGCUGUUUUGUCGGAUUCGCAUCCCGACACCUUUCCUACAUUUUCGGACGACGUUUCCAGCGUUGAUCGUCGAUGAUUUUCCUCGAUUGUCCAAUGGAUUACUAAUUUAACGGAGGAACAUCGCGAUCUGUCGGAUAUAUAUCAGCUGAAGACCUGAAAGUGAGUUCACUCAAGAGGAUCACCGUCACCGUGGACGGAGAUGAAGACACUGGAGGAGCCCCCUUACCUGACCGUUGGUACUGACGUGAGUGCCAAAUACAGAGGGGCGUUCUGUGAAGCCAAGAUCAAGACCGCCAAGAGACUCGUCAAGGCAAAGGUCACCUUCAAACCCGACGCGUCCACUGCGGAGGUGCACGAUGAACACAUCAGAGGACUUCUGAAGGUGGGCGCUGUGGUUGAAGCCAGGAACCAAGAUGGGAUCUACCAGGAGGCCAUCAUCAACAAACUCACUGACGCUAGUUUGUACACCGUUGUGUUUGAUGACGGUGAUGAGAAGACCCUCAGGCGCUCGUCUCUCUGCCUGAAAGGAGCGCGCCACUUUGCUGAGAGUGAGACACUUGACAGGCUUCCUCUUACCAACCCUGAACACUUCGGCACUCCCGUCAUCGGCAAAAAAGGAAACCGUGGAGGCCGACGGUCCAAUCCCAUUCAAGAAGAGGAGUCAUCUUCAUCAUCUAGUGAGGAAGAGGAGGGCGAUCAGCAACAAAACGAAGAGCUUUACGGCAAAGUGGUGUGUGUGGAUGGGGUCGUCACCAGCGACAAAAAGAAAACCACAUGGUAUCCUGCCCUGGUCAUCUCUCCAGACUGUCAUGAAGAUGUGACGCUGAAAAAAGACAACGUUUUUGUCCGCUCCUUCAAAGAUGGAAAAUUUUACACAGUUUUACGGAAAGACAUUCGAGAGCUGGAUGAAGAGAAAGCUCCCAAAGCAGACGCAGGACUCAAACCAGCGUUAGAUGCAGCGUGGGAGUUUCAGCGUAACGGCUCUGUGCCCAACACGUGGAGGACGGAGGUGAAGGAUGAAAGCUCGAGCAGUGAGGAUGAUGACGAGGAAGAGGAGGAGGAACAAGAGGAAGAGGCCAGCGGCGAGGAGGAAGAGGAGGAAGUGGAGCCGUUCCCAGAAGAGAAGGACAACUUCCUACAGCAGCUUUACAAAUUUAUGGAGGAUAGAGGAACACCUAUCAAUAAACGACCCGUGCUGGGAUACAGGAAUCUGAAUCUUUUCAAACUCUAUCGGUUGGUGCACAAGCUCGGAGGAUUUGACAAUAUUGAGAGCGGAUCUGUCUGGAAGCAGGUGUAUCAGGAUCUGGGCAUCCCCGUGCUCAACUCCGCAGCCGGUUACAACGUCAAAUGUGCCUACAGAAAGUACCUGUAUGGCUUUGAGGACUUCUGCGCUUCCACGGGAAUCACGUUCCGCAUGGAUCUGCCCUAUAAGACGGGUGAGAAGACGGGCUCCAAGAGUGAGGUGAACACUGAGGAAACAGCCAGUGGCGGAAACAGUGUCUCUUUAAGCACAUCCAGCACAGAAGAAGAACAGAAAGUCCUUAAAGAACCAGAGCCCUCCAACACACAGCAUGUGGUCAAGGAGGAGAAGACUGAGACCACAGCACCAUGUGAAGAUAAAGCGGAUAUCAGCAGCAUAAAUGAGGAGGAGGAGGAGGAUAACCAUGCUGAGGAAGAGGAGAAUGAUACAAACGAAGAGGCCAAAGAGUGCGGAGCGACAGCGGAGAGUAACGUCACGGAGAACGUGAAGGAGGAACCGUGUGAGGAACCCGACAGCAAAGAUCUGUCAGGGGAUGUCAGCAGUCAGGAGUGGGAGGAAGGGGAGGAGUGUGAGUGUUACCCUCCUGGGAUGAAGGUGCAGGUGAGGUAUGGGCGAGGCCGCAAUCAGAAGACGUACGAUGCCACUGUGAAAGAGUCAGACCUGGAGGGGGGAGAGGUGCUCUACCUGGUGCACUACUGUGGCUGGAACCACAGGUAUGACGAGUGGAUCAAAGCUGAUAAGAUCGUCAGACCAGCCAAUAAGAACGUCCCCAAAAUAAAGCACCGCAAAAAAAUAAAGAAUAAAGCAGAGCGAGAAAGAGACCGAAUAGAGAGACUGACAGACAGAGAGGAUCUUCCUUCAUCCAGAAAUCGCAUCAAUCGAUUGUCCAAACCGAACUCUGGCAGUGAUGUUUUCUCAAAGAUGGAUGAGUGUGGUGAUAAGGGAAACCAGCAGGCGCCCGUCAAGCCCAUAGAGAUCACAUCCAUUCUCAACGGCCUCCCAGGCUCAGAAAGCUCAUCAGAUGACAGUGAACGUGAAGAAGAUGGUGACGCUGAUCAUGACGAAGACGAUCAUCCAGGAGGACGAGUAAGACUUCGGAAAGGAGGUCCUCCAGAGCACUGGGAGAGCGGAAGCCCGUCUGAAGGCUUCAAAGCUCCCACAGUAGUGGACGAGGAACCCACCGUUCAGGACUGCCCAGAAUCGGGCAAGAGGAAGGGCCAGUUUGAGGUGGACGUGGAAGGGUCCAGCGGCAGAAGAAAAAAAGCAGAAGUUCUAGGCGAACGCAGCUUGAAAAGCCCAGCGAAAGGCAAAACUAGAAGCAGUAGAGGCGGCGAUUGGCUACCAACUAGUUCGCCGAAAAAGUUGGAAGAACGAGGCCCGGUGGAGGAUCGAGGCGAAAGCAGUUCUGAAGACGAAGCAACAGAACUUCAACCCAAGGAAGACCCAAAAGGGCAUUCGAAAUCCAAGAGCUCGCCUUCGAAGAAAUACAACGGCGUUAAGGAAAAGAAUAAAAGCGGACAUUCAGGAUUCUGGGAAAUCCCAGAGAAAAGAGCCAAAAUAUCUGUAGGGAUUGAGGAAAGGUCGCCCAGCUGUCGUACCAAAGGCCAGAAGGACGUUUGGUCCAGCAUCCAAGUUCAGUGGCCCAAGAAGACUUUGAAAGAGCUGUUUUCAGACUCUGACACAGAGGCGGCCAACUCUCCUCCACCCGCGGUAACCGCUCCGGACGACGCGUGCACCGAACCCGCUCGGGACGAGGAGGAGAUCGCAGAGGAGAAGCUGCAGGAGCAUCCCAGCAGCGGCACCAACUCGGUCCUCAACACGCCUCCGACUACUCCCGAGUCGCCCGCCGUGGCCGAAGGACCCGCCGAGGUUCUGGCCGAGAUCCGCGCGCCCUCGCCGCCCGCCGAGCUGCCCGCCAGUCCUCCAACCGUCUCUUUACCCGAAGGACCUCUGAUUGAGGAGCGGGCAGGGGGGCGCAGCGAGUCCGACAGCAGCACAGUGGAGGUGGAGAGCUUAGGUGGAGAGAUCCAGGAGAUGCAUCAGGAGGAGGGGGCAGGUUCCCCUUCCAAAGCCUUCGACGGCAACCUGUCCUGCAACAGUAACAGCAACUGCAGCCUGACGCUCAGCAACAGCAGCCAGCAGGAGAGCGAGCAGAAAGCCAAAGCCUCAUCCAGUCAGAAGCGGCACAAAGAGUCUCAAGGCGGCGGAGCAUCAAAGAAACACAAGCGGACUCAUAAAAACCUGAGCUUACAUCCCAAGAAGAACCGCAAACCAGCUCACAGCAGUGACAGUGAGGACCAGUCCAUCGGCGACAGCACUGCCAAAUCCCCCUCGUCCAAGAGCAGCAGCGACCUGAAGUCCAGCCGGACGCCCCCCUCAGGCCACAGGUACCAGAAGCACGGCGAGCCGGAGCAUUCCCACAGCCGAGACCAGCACGGCAGGACCAAGUGGACGUUCCAGAUGUCGGACCUGGAAAAGAUGAGCAGUCUAGAGCGGAUAGCAUUCCUUCAGGAGAAGCUGCAGGACAUCAGGAAUCACUACCUCUUGCUCAAAUCUGAGGUGGCCUCCAUCGACAGGAGACGGAAGCGCAUGAAGAAGAAGGAGAGAGAGACAGGCGCAGCAGCGGCCUCGUCCUCGUCCUCAUCCUCGCCGUCCUCGAGCUCUCUGACGGCGGCUGUCAUGCUAACGCUGGCCGAGCCGACGGUUUCAGGCGCUUCACAAACCUCUGGGGUGUCGGUGGAGUGCAGGUGACAGGAAUGGGACGGCGCCGAGCAGCACAGAGCACUUAACCAGCACCCGGCCCGCCUCGGUCCGGCUCCGGCCUCCUGCACUACUGGACGGAAAGACACUGACAAACACAUCAACGGGGCACAAAUAUGACGAAACAAUAGCCACCAGAUACAGCAACAAGCACUAUUUUAUAUCGACAACUGUUUCCUUGGCAAGCUAAUUGCACUCAAGUGCACUUUUUUCUGAAAGUUGGGUCGGGUUUGGCGAUAGGACAAAAACUUUACUGUUUUUUUUUGUUUCACAAACCAACCCCACGAUGUCCAUGACGAUACCCUGUCUUUGAAUAUGAAUUCCAGUACAGUGAUGUCACUGUAAAACACGUUCAGUUCCACCCAUAGAAGAUCAUCUGGAGCAGGUUGAGAUGGGCGGCAGAGGUUAAACAAGGAAAGUCACUGACAGACGUUCAGCUGGUGACGGUCAGUCGACGCUGCAGUGCCUUAACGUUCGGGGCACUCGUGAGGAAUGCUGGGAAACGGUCAGUGCUGGGUAACCUGUAAGUGGACGGCUAGAUGUGUCUCAUAACACCUCCAGAAGAGUUCAGUUGUGAGGUUCAAACUCACAGGAAACGGAAUGUCAUUUAUUUUUAAUCAUAACAGGAUUAGGUCACAUUUCACCCUAAAAUCAAAAGGAAAAUAUAUAUAUAUAUAU